AUGGUCUUAGACUGGUCAGGGACUGGCCAUGGUGAAGGGGAUGGAUUUCUCGAAUCUAUCCCAUCCAUACCACAACUCCAACCUGAUACGAGUGAAAAUGGAACCAGCAAUACAGCACACUCCAGUCAUAGCGGCAACAGCAUUGAGCAAGACAAUCUCAUCCAAAUACUGCCGCAUGAGCCCAUAGCCCGACCACAGUCAUCGCCUUACUAUCUUGGCUACUCGGUCCCUGACACGCUACAAUCUCCAGACGUGUUUCUGCAAUUAACACAUAUACUAGUCACACUGGAGGGACUAGCACGCCACCUACCAUCUUUUCAGACACACGACUCGUCCGCCGAACCAACCAGCAGCACAACGAGCUCAGCAGAAGUAGACCACAACUACGGCGUCAGCAAAGCAUUCGCCAUAACCAGCAAGCUAGCCGACAUCUACAUCCCCCUGAUAGAGCAGACGCAACAACGAAGAGACCAAAAGAAGAAGAAGAACAACAACAACAACAACACAGAAAUAGAUUACUCGCUCCUCCACCUCCUCUUCGCGUGCCACAACCGCCUCAUCGACCAAUGGCACUCGAUGCUCAAACAUGCCGAGAUAGUGCACAAAACCUCCCCAGACGGCCAAACACGACAAUCGCGCUGCGCCCAGCUCAGUCUAGGCUCGUACGUGCCUUCGUCAUCAGCGACAGUGGUGCCCAUGGAAAUCAUCAUGCUGCAAGAACUGGCGAUGCAUCUGGCGAGUCGAGUGGACGAUUUGAUUGGCGUUGUAGCGGCCAAUAAUAAGCAAGAGGCAGAUAACGAUAUUAUAGAUCAUCAUCACAUCGCACUAUCCGCCAAAGCGCUGCAUGAGCGCGCACUGGACUCUACACAGUCAACCCCCAUCCCAAUAUCCUACAACAACAACAACGACCGCCCCCGCCGCGGCAGCGACAGCUCCUCUGGCUCAGGCGGCUUCCGCGACGCCCUGGGGCCUGAGAAAUGGUACAUCGGCGGGCGCACGGCGACGGGCGAAGAGCGGUUUUAUCGAUUGGGCAUGGUGACCAAGGGCGGAGGACGGAUUGGGGCCAGUGGGCGGGUGGGGAGUGUUGAUCGAUUGAGUUUAUAG